AUGGCAGACCACGGUUUACAUGCCAGAUCAAACAGCAUGCCUGCAAGAUCCCACCCCAUGAUAGCCACAGCAGAGGAAGACCUGAACAAGCUAAAAGAUUGCGUCAUGGUGUCACCAAAGAUGAUCUGCAAAUCAUUGAGCAGCCUUAGUGCUUUCUAUGACUACACUGAAGAGCUCCUUCACUUGCCUAGCAACCAACAGGCCUUCUCUCAUUCACAGGAGAAGAAAUGGGUGGAAGAGGAGUUAGAUGCUUCCUUAAGGUUGGUCGAACUCUGUGGCAUCAUUAGAGAUACCUUGGCUGCAACAAAAGAGCAUAGUCAAGAACUUGAGAUGGUUCUAAGAAGGAAGAGAAGCAUGACCAAUGAAAGCAAACAUCAGUUUCACAUUCAGUCAGAUAAGAAGACAAGAAAGAGUAUCAAGAAUUGUGUAAAAGCAUUGAAGCAGAUGGAUGGGAAAGACUCUGAUAGAUCAACAGUUUCUAAGAUGUUUACUGAAGCAAGAGAUGUCACCAUAUCUCUCUUGCAAUCAGUUGCAUCUUCUUUACCUCCAAGCUCCACACAGAAAAAGAGCAGAUGGUCUAUUGUUUCAAAGGCAUUGAACAAACACAAGGUGACAUGCGAAGAGUUUGAAGAUUCAAAUUGUGGCAAUUUCUCAUUCAAUUCAAUAUAUGAGUGUGUUUCAUGCAAAGAUGUUGAUGCCUUGAGAGUGGUGAAGGCACAAGAUCAAUUGGCAGAAAUUAUGACCAGUUUAGAAGGGCUUGAGAUGGAAUUAGAGUCCCUCUACAGGAGACUAAUCAGAAACAGAGUUUCAUUUCUUAACCUCCUUAGCCAUUAG